UUUGCCAGGGAGGAUAACUUGUUUAACGGGCAAUAAUGUACAAUUGCAUUCGUUUUUUGGAGGGCGCGUCUUUCCAGAUGUGCUCAGGUGAGGCGGUUUCUCCAGGAAUCCAUAGCCUCGAGCUAGGUAUAAGGCACACACAAAUGUCUGGAUCCAGGGGGCUCAUUGGAGAAAAAGAAGCAGAGAAUCGUUACUCGGUCGAAAUAUGAUCCUGGAACGUGACGUCAGUUGAAAUUCCACUUCAUAGAGAGAGAGAAAUAUAGUCGUUGAAAGUUUGUUUUGCACAAACUUUUUUUUUUUGUACAGGUUUCCAGAUUUAUGCAUCUGAAAACUCAUUUUGAUAAAAUCUGUUUUCUCACGGGACGUCAAACAAAACACAGUUCUGCACUACGUAUAGAAAGUCUGUAGAGGAAAGUUCUCCAUGAAUGUACGUCACAAUGAUGAUGACAGACCAGAUCCCGCUGGACCUGCCUGCCUUACUCAAUGGCGAGUUACCCAUGAUGCCUCACAUGGUUAAUGGGGAUGGAUCUCAACAGAGUCUGGGAAGGCCACAAACACAACUUUUUCAGAUGCACAACCAGAAAUGUACUGUUUGGAACACAUAUUCCGACAAUAUGAUGGUCAUUUUUGUUCAAGUCAACCCAGGAGAAACCUUCACAAUAAGGGCAGAAGAUGGAUCCCUGCAAUGCAUCCAAGGGCCUGCUGAAGUUCCCAUGAUGUCACCCAAUGGCUCCAUUCCACCAAUCCAUGUGCCCCCAGGUUACAUCUCACAGGUGCUAGAAGAUAACACAGGGGUGCGAAGGGUCGUAGUGACACCACAGUCUCCAGAGUGCUACCCUCCCAGCUACCCUUCAGCAAUCUCCCCCACACACCACAUAUCUCCAUACCUACCCCACCACCCCCACUUCAUCCCCAACUCCCACACUGCUUUCUACCCCCCGGUCACUGGACCAGGAGACAUGCCCCCUCAGUUUUUUCAACAGCAUCACCUCCCCCCCACAAUAUAUGGGGAGCAAGAAAUCUUACCAUUCUAUGGAAUGUCCAGCUACAUUACCCGGGAGGAUCAGUACAGCAAACCACAGCACAAGAAGAUUAAAGAGAGACAGCUGGACCGGCAGAACCGACUCAACAGUCCGUCGUCGUCCAUCUACAAAUCCCACAUAACCUCCUGUACAAUGUACAAUGGCUACGGCAAGAGCCAUGGUGGGGCGGGCGGCAGUGGAGGAGGCAGUCCAGGCAUCAAGAAAGCAGAGCGCAGAGCGAGGAGCAGCCCAAGGUCCAACGAGCAAGAUGUGCCAGAUCAUGACUCAGAAACCAAAAGAGUUCAAGACAUGCUUACAGGAAUAGAGAAACCACAGGUGUCUAAUAUCCAAGCCAGGAGCGCCCGCCUAACUUGGGCCCCACCAUUAGGGCUCUUGAAUGGGGACAGAUACAGCAACGGCCUGCCUUACACCUGUAGCUAUGAGGUCACAUUGUCAGACAAGGGGAGGGAUGGAAAGUACCACAUUAUUUACAGUGGAGAAGAAUUAGAAUGCAAUGUGAAGGAUCUGAGGCCAGCAACAGACUAUCAUGUACAAGUGUGUGCAAUGUACAACUCCCUAAAGGGGUCGUGUUCAGAGCCAGUAAGCUUUGCCACACACAGUUGCAGCCCAGAGGGACCCUUUCCUCCAAAACUGUCAUACAGGAACAAGAGUUCCCUUACAUUGCAGUGGAAGGCCCCAAAUGACAAUGGUUCAAAAAUCACCAAUUAUCUAUUAGAAUGGGAUGAGGGAAAAAGGAACAGUGGCUUUAGAGAUUGUUAUUUUGGGAGCCAAAGGCAUUGUAAGCUAACCAAACUCUGUCCGGCGAUUGGAUACACUUUCCGACUAGCAGCACGGAACGACAUAGGCACCAGCAGUUACAGCCAGGAAAUCAUGUUUUACACAUGUGGAAACAUCCCUCAGUCGCCCCUGGCUCCCAGACUGGUGCGGGCUGGCAUUACUUGGAUCACCUUACAGUGGAAUCGGCCAGAUGGCUGUACACCUGAGGAGGUGAUCACAUAUACUCUGGAAAUACAGGAGGAGAACAACGGGAACGGGUUUCAUCCAAAGUACACUGGUGAAGACUUGACAUGUACUGUGAAAAACCUCAAGAGGAGUACACAGUAUAAAUUCAAGCUCAUUGCCUCCAAUGUGGAAGGGAAAAGCAACCCCAGUGAGGUCCUUGUUUGCACCACAAGUCCAGACAGGCCCGGACCUCCUUCCAGGCUUUGUACCAAAGGAGCCAUUACACCUCACAGCUUAUGUGUGAAAUGGGAUCCCCCACAAGACAAUGGAGGUUCAGAAAUCUUGAAAUACCUAUUGGAAAUAUCAGAAGGAAACUCGGAUGCAAACCAAUGGGAGAUAGCAUACAGUGGAUCUGCCACGGAGCAUGUGUGUGAUCAUUUGAAACCAGGCACUUUGUAUAGACUGCGGGCGUGCUGCAUCAGCACUGGUGGGCACAGUCAGUGUUCUGAAAGCCUGCCUGUUCGCACACUAAGUGUUGCCCCAGGGCCAUGUCAACCCCCAAGAAUUGUAGGAAAACCCAAACACAAGGAAGUCCUCUUACAAUGGGACUGUCCAUCCUCAGACAGUGCCUGUGAGGUGACAGAGUACAGCCUGGAAAUGAGCGAAGCAGACGCAGACCCCUCUGAGGUCUACCAUGGUCCUGACCUGGAAUGUACAGUCAGCAGCCUCCUCCCUGGAACCACCUACAGCUUUAGAGUCCGAUCCACCAACGAGGCUGGGUACAGUCCCUAUUCUGGAACAACAGAAGUAACUACUGCAGCAGGACCUCCAGGCCAGUGUAGGGCACCGUUUCUCACCGUAACGUCUAAUACCUGUGUUCUUGUAAGCUGGGAGAGCCCAGAGAACACUGGAGCAGAUAUUUCAGAGUACAGACUGGAAUGGAGCAGAGAAGAGGAGUCCUUGGAGCUUAUUUACUGUGGUACAGAAACACAGUAUGAAAUCACAGAUCUCGCUGCAGCAACACAUUACUGCUGCAGGCUCCAGGCAGCAAACCAGGCAGGUGCAGGACCCUACAGCGAUGUGGUGACCUGCAGCACCCCAGCCACGGAGCCAGGAGUGGUGCCUGUGCUGUUUGUGCUAGAUGACGAUCACAUAGACACGCUCCUCAUUUCCCCCUCCACGUGCCUUGCAUUAAAAUGGGAAGAGCCUUGCAAUAAUGGAUCGGAAAUUAUUACAUACAUCAUCGAAAUGGGGCACAGUCAGAUCACAGUGGAGAAUGUAACAAGCUUUGUGAUUAAGGGUCUGCAGCCAGACAGUGACUACAGCUUCAGAAUCCAGGCUGUGAAUAGAAUCGGAGCGGGUCCCUUCAGCCAGACAGUGCAGGGCACGACCAGGCCGCUGCCUCCCGCACCCCCUCGGCUUGAGUGUGCUGCAGCCGGACCCCAGAGCCUUAAACUCAAGUGGGGAGACAACAACACCACCAAAGUGCUCAUCACGGACGACAUGGUGUACACGCUUCAAAUCGAGGACAAAAACAGAGGGUUCAUUACCAUCUACAGAGGACCAAGUCAUACUUACAAGGUACAGAGGUUGACAGAAUCCACCAGCUACAGUUUCCGAAUGCAAGCGGUCAGUGAAGCAGGAGAGGGCCCGUUCUCCGAAGUGUACACCUUCAGCACAAUCAAAUCAGUUCCGCCGGCUGUCAAAGCUCCCUGGGUGACCCAGUUAGAAGGAAACACAUGUGAAGUCACGUGGGAGGCUAUUCCACCAAUGAGAGGCGACCCAGUCAGCUAUAAUCUACAGGUCUUGGUCGGGAGAGAAUCCGAGUACAAGCAGGUGUUUAAGGGGGAGGACACCACAUUCCAGAUCUCAGGCCUUCAAUUUAACAUGGAUUACCGUUUCCGUGUGUGUGUGUGUCGCCGCUGUACGGACACCACGCAGGAACUGACUGGAGCAUUCAGCCCCUCAACCCUCUUCACACUGCGACGUAAUGAGCUGGCACUGGCUGGAGAGCUGGGGGCAACAGACAACACCAAAUCAAAGAGCAUGAUGCCCACUGAUGAACAGUUUGCAGCCAUCAUUGUAGUUGGCUUCGCAACCCUGUCCAUUUUGAUUGCCUUUAUUUUACAAUACUUCUUUAUGAAGUAAAACCACAGACAUAUUUUUAACUAAUGCUACGCAUUGUAGUCCAAAUAUGUAUUCAGAUUUUUCUUCUUUUAAAUUUCCUCCCUCUCUAGUUUUUGUCCUUCACUUAUUAUUUGUGUUGUUUUCUAUGGAGUUCUAUCGGCCGAAGCCUUAUGUCUUUGCUGCACCUUGUUUGGGAAAGAAAAGUCCAAUUUUAAAACCCUGAAAAGAAGUUGUACGCAAAAACAUUUUUAUAUUUUUUAAAGCUAUGAGAAAAAGAAAAAAAAAAACCUUUGCCUUAUUCUUUGUUCACUGUUUAUCUGGAUUAGCUUUUUUUGUGGGUAUUUUUUUCAGUGAUACUGUAAAUGUAGGAACAAUACCUUUACCAUAUAGCAACCAAUCACUGCCCUUUUAAAUAUAGUUAAAUACUUAUAUUUGUUGUCAAAUAAUGUUAUCCAGAAUGUAUACCAUUCUAAACAUUUCAAUCAUGGCUAUUGAAAUCACAGUAUCAAAAGACAAAACAAACUGCAAGUGAAGAGUACAUUUAAUCAAGACACUUAGGCCACAAAUGCCAGCAUGAAGCUGUCAAAGCCAACUACAAUCCAUGCAGUGGUCAUGGUUUAAUGGAUGCUGCUAUCCUGUAUUUAAAAAGAGUAAAAUCAGUCACACUAUAUGUAUGUUGUUCUCAUUUGUUAUCUAAUGAAUAUAUGUAGAUUAUAUACAAAGCAACAAAAGUUACAUAUUAACACAGAAAAAUCAUCAAUUUAAACAGAAUUCAAUGCGUUUUAUAAUGAAUUGGUGCUUAAACUUCAAGGUCAGUUGACUUGGUCUGAACUGAAAGUAAUCUAUCGCUACUGUAAAUGUAGGAGGCUAUAUAAAGUCUUCAGUGUAAUUCUGUACAUUUCUGAAAUGCCUGUAAGUAUAUUAUUUUUAAAUCCAUACUAUACCAUUAAAAAGAAGAGCAGCUAUAACACAUGUGUCACGCUACAGUGAUUUGGCUGCAGUAUAGAAUGCUAUACAAUAAUCCGUCACAUAUCCGCCCGUUACGUUCCACUCCAACCGUUUAUCCAUCAUGAUCAAUCUCUUCAGCGACGUUAGUUUAUUAUUGAACAGAGAAGAUUAGUUCAGAGAUUGUAGAUCCUACCAAAAUUUUCAUACACUGUGUUCUAUGUACUCCGUGCGAUGCCAUUGCUGGUAGUGUCACGUGAGCUGUUCAGUGUGUUGAUAUGUAAAUGAGUCCUGUUCGCCUGCGGGGCGUAUCAACUUCAACCUCGAUCUCCUGCCUGUCACUCAGCAGUGAAUGCGCGCACCCACACGGCAGACAGCUACUCUGUCACAAGCAUUAAUACCCUGUAUCUUUCUAAACAAGGGAUGUAGGGGAGCUCCCUAAUAAAAACAAUAAUUGUAUGAAUGUAGUCAUUUGUUACAGCUGUGUAUAAUGGUAUUUAAAACAGGAUUAAUUUAGCCGCGUUUUUACAUGUCCGCCCUUACUCUGGUCCCACUGCAGUCGGAUUUGCGACGGAUUACUGUAGUUGUUUUCAUAUGGAAACUUUGAGCUGAACCCAUUGUAUCGAUACCUAAAGAAUACCUAGCCCACCCAGUCCCUCCAAAUCCUGCUACAGUCCCAUUAUAAUACUUUGUAAUCAAUAAUACUUGUUCCUGAUCACUGUGGGACCAGGCCUUAUCUAAACUGUCCUUAAAACUGGCAUGACUUAACGUUAACAUUGGAAUAAAACCAUUCCUGAUCUGCGUAGUUAACUACUGUACAUGUUGUUUGUCUAGGAUAACCCUAGAGGUACAGUAAUGAUGUGCUAACCGGGCCCUGACAGGCCAAACAGUCUCUUCUCAUUUACAACCUUUAUAUACCACAAAAAAAAUACAUAAACCAAACAGAACUGAAGGCAAUGGUAGUGAUCUUUGUAAAAAAAAAAAUAAUGUACUGAUCCAAAGAAUUCCAUUCCAUUAAAUUGAAGGCCUCUUGUUUUUGAAGCUGGGGUCCUAUCCUAGCCCUGAUAUGAAAGCCUGUAAAAAUGUACCUCAGGGACAUGACCUUUAAAGAGGUGAGGUAGUACAUAUUAAAUGGUUGCCAGGAGGGUGCUGCAAACACUAGGAUUGUGUAUUCUUUUAAUAUCUUUGUUUGUUAGUCUUUGUUUUUUUUCUCCAUUGCCCGAGCUGGGCCUUGUUCUGUCCAUAAGCAAGGUCAUUUAUGAGCUCUAAACAAAUACCUUAACCAAAGUUAAUGGGAAACCAAGGUAUAAUUCUUUUAUUUUAGGUUUAUUUAUACUAUAUAUUGCAUACAGUACUUUAAUGCCAAUUACAGUGCAAUCUUCAUUUAUUUAUUUUUAAAAUCAAAAGUGUAGUUAUGUACUCAUUUUAGUUUCUUUGUAGCAUGUUAUAUAUUUUUGUUUUUCUGUUUUGUAUUGUUGCAUUUUAGAUUUAUAAUUACAGGCCACCAUUCCUGAUAUUCAAUUACCCUUUUUAUGUUUUGUUAUUUGUGUAUAAUGAUUGGGAACGCAUAACGCAUUUAAUGUCAAUAUCAGCAACAGAAAGGUUUACAUGUUUUCCAAACACUUAUUCAUCUCCUUUCAAAGAACGUGCUGAACAUACUAUGUAUUUUAUGUGCCUAUGUAGAUGUUAGCCAACAUAUAGUUUCUUUUUUGGGAUAUAACUUGCUGAAUUGGCAAUGCAAAAUAGUAUUAUUAUAUUAAGCUUAUAAACUCAUGCAUUUUGCCAAAGCUAAGGCUUUCCCACUUUAUUUUGCUUUUUUUUAUUUCUUCUUUAAUUUAAAACGUUACAUGUGACAAGAUGUUUUGUGACACUGUUAUUAUGUCUGUGAUUAAGUCAUUCUUAAUAAAAUAAGUGCCAUUGUUGUUAACCCUGUGAGGUGAGUUAGGUAUGAAUAAAAGCAAACCAAGUUAUAUUGAGACAACCAAUAACCCUGUUUUUUUGUUUGUUUAUAAGUCUGAUGGUAAUUGAAACUAACCAAAAUUAAGCACUUUUUCAACAAAAUAAUUGUCUUUAUAUGGCAUUCUAUCUAUCUAAAGUAUAUGGCAUAAAAGUUUGAUUUAAUAUCAGAUUUCUAAAGAAAAAAUAAAUCACAAAUGUUAUACUGAAGUGAAAACCUGUACCCUCAAGUUAUGUUUGAAAAUACUGUUCACAAAAACUUAGAAAUUAUGUUUCUUUAUUUUGGACUGGGCUAAUGUUACAGAAUCCUAAUAGCAAUGAGCCAGGUUACUGUACAGUGCUGAUUCAUCUGUAUUCCCAGUGAAAUGUUUAGCAGAAGAACUCUUUUGAUAUUAUGUUUAAACUGAAAAAUAAUAAUGAAUAUGUUUUACCUCACAGAUAGACAAACAUUCCAAGCUUUUUCAAAAGAUAAAAAUCAGACAUUUGUCUUGUAAUGUACAUUUUUAGACAAUUUCAUAUGCAUAUUAUAUAUAAAAACUGCCAUAUCGAUUUUAAAUGUAUAGAUUUUGCAAAUACUACCCUAUGUACGUAAGACUAAACUGUAUCUGUAGCGUAUAUGUAAUAUAUUUAUGCCCAAUAAAUGUUUAAAUUGUUUCUGAAA